AUGCCGACCCACCCUAAUCGCAGACCAGAACGCAUUUGCCCGUGGUGCUCUCAGUCGUUCACAAAGGAGGAUCACUUGGCUCGACAUAUCAGACGCCAUACACGAGAAAGGCCGUUCUCAUGUACUCCAGCGCAGCAAGAAACUUCUACUGCUGUGGAACCUGUUGGAAAUGAUAGCGUCCACGCUCCCGCCCCGGCGGCAGGGUUAAACUUAAGCACGACAGGGGUUUCCUUGGCACAUGCAAACUAUUCAAAGGAGUAUCAGUCAACACGCUGCUAUGGACUUGGCUCACCCUCCGCCGGUUCUUCUACAGCCACGGUUAUCUGUAUGAGCCCAGUGCCACACAGGCCGUCUUUACCUAUGGAUCCAGCCAUUGGCCGACCUGACUGGGCGGAGAUCCAGCCUGAUGGUCUGUCUGACUGGUCAUUAGGCUGGGCAGCCCAACCUUCAGCAUGGUUAGCUGAUGAUAAUUUCGACUUGGAUGCAUUUAAUGCCUCGAUCAUCACUUCCGCUAUGCGUUCCAACGUCGAGCCACCUCCGCCAUUUUUGGAGGCCCCUCUAUUAACCCCGCUGUCUGCAGGUGUCCUCGAACCUAUAAUCGGGCAAACGGAAGAUUUAGUUCGCCAGCACUGGUAUACCUUCAUUGAGGGCAAUGGGACUGGCUACGAUACUCCUGGCGGCAACCCGGAUAGGCCCCACAUCAACGACGCUGAUAGGGAGAAUCUAGCCCAACGCCUUCAGCAGCGCAUCACUACAGAGCCAUUGCCGUCCACAGACUUUUUGAUCUUCGGCAUGUUAACGGGCACGUUUCAUGGAACAGUCAUCACCUGGGCGAGAAGACAAAACUUAUUUUCCAGCCGUCGCGCAAUUGAACAGAUUAAUAUAGAAGAUGUACAUCGCGCCCCCGAGCAAACAUGGAGGGCCUGGUCCCAAGCGGAAGAGCAGGUCAGGCUCUGGGCCGCUGUCUCCAUUCUGGAUGCCGAGCUCUCUGAGCUAUUGCUCAGUGAUGCUCUUCUACGACGUUCCCCGUUGGAUCUGGUAUCCGAGGACAAUCUUUGGAUGGCCCCGACCGCGGAGGCCUGGGUCAGCGCGGUGCGAUGUCAGAUAGAACAAUCAGGGAUACCCACUAGCCCAUCAUCCCCCGGCCCGGUCGGGUUCCGCUCAUAUGUUGAGCUAGAAAGUAUAAUCUGGGCCAUAAGUGAUUCGAACUUUCAAGAGAACAAGGCAGAUUUGCCGGUAAAGUUUGAACGGGCUUUGAUCAGUUUUUACGACCGCUAUCUCCGACCCCUAGAGUCCUCGCAUCUGAAGCAGGACACCUUCUGCCUGCAGGCUCUUUGGCACUCUGGCUUCCUUAGCCUCCUUACUGAUUUUGAUCGCUUAGAGCGUGCGAUCGGACGUGAAGGCUCUGCCGAAGCUCAGCGCCACAAGGAAUAUGCAAUUGAUUGGGCCAGCUCUCCAAGCGGCAUGAGAUGUGCGGUUCAUGCUGUCUUGAUCCUUCAUCUGCUGGAGACGUUGCCGUUAGGGAUCGAGCCCGCAAUUCAUGUGCCCCGAGUCCUUUUCAGAGCAACCAUCGUCUGGUACUGUUAUCUGAAAUUCGGCACCAGCGAAGAGACAAACGAGCCAAGGGCCUUUAACCUCCAUAACUUCGGAGAGCUUAAAUUCAUCAAUGUCAAUGGUGGGAAACUUCUCUUCGAAUCACAAGACUACCAAAAUAAGAAACCACUGCCGUCCAGAUGCACUACCGCAUGUCGAUAUGUGGAUCUUCUCAAACGUGUUGGACACUGGGGGUUGUCACAGCAACUCGCGGCGAUAGGCGUAGUGCUACUCCACGGUAAUCUGGAGGUUGCCACCGAAUCGGCAUCUUUAGUGCCUUAA